ACCAGAUACUGACAUUCAGACUGUACAAGAUUCUUCGGUCCCCCCCUAAAAUGGUGUGAUACUGUUUCGGCUAAUAUAAAAACUCCUGGUGUCCGUUCAAAUGGUAUCAGUUUUCUGCUAUCUCAUCUUCAGCUUAGCAUCAUGAAAACCGCUGCCUUCAUCCUACUGUUAGGCGUAUCCGCCGCCCUUGCAGGAGAAAAGAAGACCACUAAACGUGGUGUCUUUGGAGAAUCUGUAGCCUUGGGUGUAGGGAGCGCCUUAGGUGGAGGCAGUAUUUUAUCUACUAACUCUUUGGACUCUCAUGCCAUCCUAUCGAGUGGACUCAGCUCUGGACUCAGUUUGGACGGAGGAUUGAGCAGUUUGUCUCUUGGAUCUGGUCUCUCUGGAUUGUCUGGAAUCUCUGGAAUUUCUGGAAUUUCUGGAAUCUCUGGAAUUUCUGGAUUGUCAGGACUCUCUGGUCUAUCAAGCGGUGGCAUCUUGAGCACAGGAGGAGCAGCUGUCAUCUCCCAACCUUCCAUCACUUUGGGACAAAACACCCACACCACCAUCACCAGAAAUGUUGGUGUACCAAUUCCUCAACCUUACCCAGUUACUGUCACCAGAAAUGUCCCAGUACCAGUCCCACACCCAGUCGCUGUCCCAGUAGACCGUCCAUACCCUGUCCACAUCCCAAGACCAUACCCUGUACAUGUCGACAGGCCUGUUCCAUACCCAGUUGACAAACCAGUGCCAUACCCAGUCAAAGUAGCUGUCAGAGUACCAGUACCUCACCCAGUUCCAGUACCAGUAGACAGGCCAUACCCAGUACCAGUCAUCAAGAAGGUCGCCGUACCAGUACCCCAUCCAGUCUACAUCAAGAAACAAGUACCUGUAGUCGUUAAGACCAUCACCGAACCUUUGAACUACGGAUGGUGAAGUGUUUGAUCUAUUUUGAUAAUGCCAUUUUUGUUUUCAUGAGAUAGUUGUCAUAAAAUUGCUAGUCCAAUUAUUUUAAGUAAAAUCAUGAAUAAAAUAUUUUUCUACUA